ACAAAGUAUCAAAUUGGUUCAUAAUUCAAAUGAAACAAAACAGAAGUCGAAACGGGAAACCUUACAGUAAUAGUUGAAUAGGGAAUAAGGAGUGCGGAGAUUUUGUUCAAUCUAUUCGAAAUACAAUCUAUAAUGAAGAGUUGAUUCAUUUACUGCCUGCAUUCGUCGUACAGACUCGUUCUAUUGAUAAGAAUAUCAAAAAUGGCAUCACGAGAGUCGGUCAACUCCUUGUACAAGCAGCAGGAUUUCUACAUUGGUUUAUCAUUGGCAUUAUCCAGCAGUUUCUUCAUUGGUUCGAGUUUUAUCAUCAAGAAAAUUGGCCUGAUUAGAUUGUCCAGAGUAGGAUCGAUGCGAGCAAGCGCCGGAGGCUUCGGGUAUCUCAAAGAUUGGAUCUGGUGGGCCGGUUUGAUAUGCAUGGGAAUCGGCGAGGCAGCAAAUUUCGCGGCGUACGCGUUCGCCCCAGCCUCACUAGUCACACCACUGGGGGCACUCAGUGUGAUCGUAACAGCAGUGUUAGCUUCCAAAUUUCUCAAAGAGCGACUGAAUCUCCUUGGUAAACUGGGUUGUUUUCUGUGUAUAAUAGGAUCUACUAUUAUCGUCAUUCAUUCCCCGAAGGAUGGAGAGAUCGAUGAUUUGGGAUUGUUGGUGGAGAAACUACAGGCUCCGGCUUUCAUCACGUAUGUGAUGCUCAUCCUGUCCCUAUCCUUGUUCAUCGGAUGCUGCUGGGGGCCACGAUAUGGCCACAAGAAUGUGCUCGUUUACAUUUUGUUGUGUUCUGCAAUCGGAAGCCUGACAGUGAUGUCAUGCAAAGCACUCGGAUUAGCAUUGCGGGACACAAUCUCAGGAAAAUCAAAUGACUUCGGGAUGUGGCUCCCUUAUUUCCUAAUCGUCAUCACUGCGGUGUUUGUUGGAAUUCAAAUAAACUAUCUAAACAAAGCGCUGGACAUGUUCAACACCAGCAUCGUCACUCCAAUCUAUUAUGUUAUUUUCACUACGCUAGUCAUUUCGGCAUCGGCAAUUCUGUUCAAGGAAUGGGGUCGCAUGAAAGCCGUAGACGUUAUUGGAGAUUUAUGCGGGUUCUUCGUGGUCAUUGUAGCUGUUAUUCUGCUAAACGCUUUCCGCGAAAUGGAUAUUAGCUUGAACGACGUAAAAGGAAUAAUGCGGCCGAAGCGCGAAAUGCUAUCUCAGAAAGGCCAAUUCGAAGAGUUUCUCGGCGAGAGUAGUAAUGGAACCCAGAAGCUGUAUGGAACAGGAGAUUAUCGAUCGGUCUGAUUUAGAUGCGUUGGUAUCACGAGGCAGCUUAGAAAUAAAUAAAAUUAAUAAAACGAUUUAAUGGUAUGAAGUUACUGUUAAUAAAAUAAAC